UCUUCACCAAACUCAAAAGCCAAACACCCCUCUCUAGUUUCUCUCUCUAGUUUCUCUCUCAACACACAAACUCCACUCUUCACCCACCUCAGAGAGAAAACCCAUAGCCCACUUAUAUACACACACUCUCUCAGUUAAAAAUAAAAAUAAAAAAACUAGGGGAAAAUUAAAUAACAAACAGGGGAGGUAAAAACAGAGCACCUAAAGCAGAGCAAAAAUUCUCCAACUUUUCCAUUUUUCGAUUGAAUUCAUCUCAAUUCUUUGUUUUUCGAGGUGGGUUUUUUCUCAAUUGAUCUUGGUAAUGGAUUGUUGGACGUCAUCUGUCAAGGUGGACGAGGAAUUUCAGAAGUUGGUCCUGCGUAUGAACCCACCAAGGGUUACGGUGGAUAAUACAUCAAGUAGAACAACAACUUUGAUUAAGGUAGAUAGUGCAAAUAAGAGGGGAAGUUUGUUGGAGGUAGUUCAAGUUCUAAAUGACAUGAACCUAAUUAUCAGAAGGGCUUACAUUUCUUCUGAUGGAGAGUGGUUUAUGGAUGUGUUCCAUGUCACGGAUCAACAUGGGAAUAAGCUAAUUAGUGAAGAUGAUAUUGCAGAAAAAAUUCAACAGUCACUAGGGCCGAGAGCACGUAGCUUCCGAUCAAGAAGAUCAGUAGGCAUGCAAGCUGCUGUGGAGCACACAACCAUUGAGCUUACAGGAAGGGACAGACCAGGGUUACUCUCUGAGAUCUUCGCGGUCCUAACAGACCAUAAAUGCAACGUUGUGGCAGCCGAAGUGUGGACCCACAGUUCAAGAAUGGCAUCAGUUCUCUACAUCACAGAUGAAACAACAGGGUCGGCUAUCUAUGACCCUGAUCACCUUACUAAGAUUGAAAAUCUUUUACUAGCGGUUCUUAUGGAGGAUCGCAACAAAAGGAGUGCUAAUACUGUAGUUUCUGUUGGAGGGACUCAUACUGAGAGGAGGUUACAUCAGAUGAUGUAUGCUGAUCGUGAUUAUGAUAUGAUGAACUUGAAUGGUGUAAAUCCUACUGGAUCUAGCCAUACAAGGAAACCUCUUGUUACAGUGGAUAAUUGCUCUGAGAGGGGGUAUACUGUUGUGAACUUGCGUUGUCCGGAUCGACCUAAGCUUCUUUUCGAUACAGUUUGUACUUUGACGGAUAUGCAGUAUGUUGUUUACCAUGCCACACUCAUAGCCGAUGGCCCUGAAGCUGCUUAUCAGGAAUAUUACAUCAGGCAUACUGAUGGAUGCCCGAUUAGCUCGGAAGCAGAGAGGCAACGCCUAAUUCAUUGCCUAGAGGCUGCUAUAAGUAGACGAACUUCUGAGGGUGUAAGAUUAGAACUAUGUAGUGACGACAGAGUUGGUCUUCUUACUGAUGUAACUCGAAUAUUCAGAGAGAACGGGCUGUCAGUCACCCGGGCUGAGGUAUCAACCCGCGGGUCACAAGCUGUGAACGUAUUCUACGUGACAGAUUCUUCGGGAAAUCUGGUGAGAAGCGAAACAAUAGAAGCUGUUAGAAAAGAGAUUGGGUUGACAAUCCUCCAAGUAAAAGAAGAUGAUUACUCGAAAUCUCCUCCACAGGAAACUGCAAGGUUUUCAUUAGGAACUCUGUUCAAAUCAAGAUCAGAGAAAUUCCUCUAUAACUUGGGACUCAUAAAGUCAUAUUCUUAGAAACAGCUUGUUUGUUUGGUUAAAGGAGUAGUAGGCAUUAUUAUUAGCCCACUGUAAAUGUUCCCUCACAAUUCAAUUUAGGUUUCGGCUGAAAAUGGCAAGCUUUUCUAUAUGUGGAAGAAGCUUUUUAGAUGAGCUUUUGGUUGAUCUUUGGCUCAGCCACAAAAGCUUUUCGAAGCAGUCAGCAUCCACAUUGUAAAGUCAGCUUGCAGUAUAAGUAUAUAGUAAUUGUAAAUUCUGUCAACUUCUCUAGUUUUCUUCCUUUUAAUUGGGAAGAAACAUUGUAAAUACAAAAUUCAUUCAUGUCUA